UGUGGCUGCACCACUUGCUUUCCAAAUGUUCGCGAUCGCAACCUUCGAUCGCCAUGUCGGUUGGGCGGUGAAACGGCACGCGAUUCGCGAGCGGCUCGACGAGCACAAUUGCGAUGGUCACGAUCACGAGGGAUCGCGUUCCCGUGAGUUUGUACACGAGCAAAGGCAUCCGCGUGGCGUACUUGUGCCAUGACACGGAAUGGGUUCCCGACUCGCAGCGGACAGCGUGCGCCGCGUGCACGGCCAAGUUUCACGUGUUCAACCGAAAACACCACUGCCGCGUCUGCGGCGAGGUCAUUUGUGGCACGUGCUCCCGCAUCAUGGCUUUCCACUCGAGUCAUCGCCUCCGAGUGUGCGUGACUUGCACACGGUCCAGCGUCGUCCAGUUCACGCCUCACGCAGCAGCGCCAUCCGCCGACAUGGGUAUCAGCCUGCAGACGACGCCCCACCCGCUGUACAACAAGGACGCCGCCCUCGUGUCGGCCGGCGGCUGGUCGCGAAGCACGGCCGUGAUAUACGCCACGUGCUUGCUCGUUCUUGUCCAUGUCAUUUGCGGCCACGACUGGACGACCACGAUCGCGACGGUGCUCCAGUAGCGUCGUCCUCUCAACAUCCUAAACAACACAUUCCAGUUCA